AUGGCACUCGCUCCUGGACCCGCUUCAUUCAAUCCAGUACCUGUGGCCUACCAAACCACUGGCGAUGGUUCUGCAGUACCUGAUUGGCUCAACAAAGGGGACAAUGCUUGGCAGCUGACGGCGUCCACCUUUGUAGGCCUGCAAUGUAUUCCGGGGCUGAUGAUUCUGUACGGGAGUAUAGUGAAGAAGAAAUGGGCCAUCAAUUCGGCGUUCAUGUCCCUCUACGCAUUCGCAGCAGUGCUCAUCUGCUGGGUGUCAUGGGCCUUCAGAAUGUCCUUCGGAGAGGAGCUCAUCCCUCUGUGGGGAAAAGCCGGACCUGCUCUGGACCAGAAAUUCCUGCUGAAACAAGCUGAUCUCCCGGCCACUGGAACGGAUUAUUUUCCUCCUCUCGCCCCCAUGUACCCCAUGGCGACCCUGGUUUACUUCCAGUUCGUGUUUGCAGCCAUCACUCUGGUAUUGAUUGCAGGCUCCUUGUUGGGUCGAAUGAACUUCCUCGCGUGGAUGCUAUUCGUGCCCCUCUGGCUCACCUGCUCGUACACCGUCGGGGCCUUCAGCCUUUGGGGUGGUGGAUUUCUCUUCCAGUGGGGCGUCAUAGAUUAUGCUGGUGGCUAUGUGAUCCACGUCUCAGCUGGAGUGGCUGGUUACGUGGCUGCAUACUGGGUUGGUCCUAGACUGGAUAGGGACCGCCAUAGCUUCCCUCCAAACAAUGUGCUGCUGAGUUUAGCAGGAGCGGGCCUGCUGUGGCUGGGCUGGAACGGGUUCAACGGAGGAGCACCUUAUGCUGCAAAUGUGAUUUCUUCGAUGGCGGUGCUCAACACCAACAUCUGUGCCGCAACCAGCUUGCUCGUCUGGACCAGCAUUGAUGUCAUUGUUUUCAAAAAGCCCUCCGUGAUUGGUGCCGUUCAGGGUAUGAUCACCGGUUUGGUCGUCAUCACUCCGUCUGCCGGUUUGGUUCAGGGCUGGGCUGCCAUGAUCAUGGGUGUGUUCGCUGGCAGCGUGCCAUGGUACAGCAUGAUGAUUCUGGGCAAGAAGAAGAUGUUCAACAUCGUCGAUGACACUUUGGGCGUGUUCCAUACCCACGCCGUUGCGGGAACGAUGGGAGGCUGUCUGGCUGCUUUCUUCGCUCAUCCAACUCUCUGCAAUCUGUUUUUGUCGAUCCCUGGUGAGCGAGGAAUCAUCUACGCAGGAGACGAGCACGGGAUCCACGGCCACAAGGCUGGCUUGCAGCUGCUGAAGCAGAUCUGUGGAGCACUUUUCAUCAUCGGAUGGAACGUCGUCGUGACGAGCCUCGUCUGUCAAGUGAUUAAGCUCGUGGUGCCCCUUCGUAUGUCGGAGAAGAAGCUGACGGUGGGAGACGAUGCUGCCCACGGCGAAGAAGCAUACGCUCUGUGGGGAGAUGGAGAGGUAUUCAAUGCAUCGAUCCACUCAGGAGAGGCUUACUCAUUCCAGGCCCGAACUAUCGAAGCGUCGAAACACGAGCCUUCCGUCAGAGCACGAGCACCCACUGAUCAGAGUUUGGUCGAGCUCUGA